AUGCCUGCUCGUCCUCCUCCCCCACCUGUCGACCAUCCGUCCCUCGCGAGCGACUACCGCUGCGGGAGCACCAGUUCCCCAGCCGCCUCCCUCGCCAGCACCUCGGUCGGCCCUGCCCCGCUCGACGCGUCCAAAGGCCGCUUCUUCCUCGACUCGUACGGUCGGCGGCUCCUCCUCCACGGCGCCAAUGUGAGCGGCCUCGACAAGCUCCCCGCAGAGCCCAACGGCCUCACCCACCUCGACAUGGGCGACGCCUACUUUGACGGCGCCAACCUGUCGUUCGUCGGCCGGCCUUGGCCUCUCGAGGAAUCGCACGAGCACCUGUCACGACUGCGCAACUGGGGCCUCACGUUCAUCCGCCUCGUCGUCACCUGGGAGGCCCUCGAGCACGCGGGCCCGGGCGAGCACGACCAGGCCUACAUCGCCUACCUGCACGCCCUCGUCUCGCUCUUCCCGCAGUACGGCAUCCGGUGCUACGUCGACGCGCACCAAGACGUCUGGUCCCGACACGCCGGCGGGUCCGGCGCGCCCAUGUGGACCCUGUCGCUCGUCGGCUUCGACGUGCGCAACAUGAAGGCGACCGGCGCCGCGCACGCCCACAACCUCCACCUCGAGCCGCACGACCCGCCGCCCAACGUGUGGCCGAGCGGCGUCACCAAGCUCGCGGCGGCGACGGCCGCGACCGCGUUCUGGGGCGGCGACGUGUUCGCGCCCAAGCGGCGCGUGCGGCGACGGCUGCACAAGGGCGAGUGGGGCCAGGGCGGCCACGACGACGACGAGGUCGGGCUCCAGACGUUCCUGCAGGAGAGCAUGUGCGAGGCGUUCGGCGUGCUGGCGGACCGGUUGCGCGACCUCGAGGGCGUCAUGGGCUUCGAGGUCAUGAACGAGCCGCAUAAGGGCUACAUCGAGCUCCUGUCGCCGUACGCGUGGGACUUUACGGCCGACCUCGCGAUCGGCUACUUCCCGUCGGCGGUCCAGUCGUGGGCCCUCGGCAGCGGCCACUCGGUCCUCGUUCCGCAUUAUGCGCCUUCCUUCCCCGUCACCGCCGUCACGCACCACGUCCUCCUCGUCCCGCCUCAACAGCGUACCGCCUGGCUCACGCCCUCGUCGCCCGCCUACGUCGCUCUCCCAACCUCGACGACGGGCUGCCUGUGGGCCGAGCACGGCGUGUGGCAGUGGGACGCGCAGCGCGGCGAGGUCGGCGAGGGCGUCGUGCUCAAGCAGGAGUACUUUCGGCGGUUCCCGGCCGACGUCGUGCUCGAGGGGUGCGUCGAGAUGGAGGGCGGCGAGGGCGGGAGGAGGGGCAGGAGGCAGCAGGGCGAGGACGUCAGCUGGUAUCGCGACUUCUACUUCCCGUUCGUGCGCAAGUUCUCGGCGCGCAUCCGGCGAGCGCCCAACCCGUCGACCUGGUUCACGUUCGUCGAGCCGAUGCCCAACGAGUUUUGCCCGACCUUCCCGCCGACCUCGAGGCCGCAGGGCAUAAUCUACGCGCCGCACUGGUACGACCUGCAGACGCUGUUCGAGAAGAAGCUCGGCUUCAUGACGGCCAACGUCCAGGGCCUGUCGAGGGGCAUGUUCUUGCUCAAGGCCCUCUACUUUGGCCGCAAGGGCCUCAAGAAGAACUACGCCCUCCAGAUCUCGACCAUCCUCCGCCACGCGUACCGACAGCUCGGCGAGACGCCGAUCGUGCUCGGCGAGACGGGCGUCCCGUUCGACCUCAACCAGAAGAAGGCGUUCGCGACCAAGGACUUUCAGUGGCAGGAGCGCAUGCUCGACGGAAUCUGCUCGGCGAUCGGCGACGCCGGCCUCAGCAACUUCAACCUGUGGAACUACAACGCGCUCAACAACGACGAGUGGGGCGACUCGUGGAACGGCGAGAACUUUUCGUGGUUCUCGCUGUCGGACGUGACGCCCGAGGCGCUCAAGGCGGCCGAGGACGGCGGCGAGUCGGCGCGGCUCAACGUCGGCGCACGGGCCCUCGACGCGGUACAGCGCCCGUACGCCUGCAAGACGGCCGGCAUCCCCCUGCGCACCUCGUUCGACCUGCACACGCGCCGCUUCCACCUCUCGUACCUCAACCCGAUCCCGCCCUCGCACCCGCUCGCCGCAUCCGUGCCCACCGUCGCACAGGGUGACGCCGAGCCCGACGCGCCGCCGCUCGUCGGCGCAGAGUGCCGCGCGAGGGAGACCGAGGUGUUCCUCCCCGCGAGGAGGUACGGCGAGGCGGCGAGGAGCGGGCGGUUGAGGGUGCAGCUGCGAGAUGGCGACGGCGAGUGGCGCUACGACGAAGAGCUCCAGACCCUCUACGUCCUCCACGCCAACACGACGCCGGGCUACGUCCACUCGCUCACCGUCACCGUCCUCGGGCCCUCGGACCGCCCUUCGCCGCGCGCAUGGUUCGAGCCGCCCUCGGCGCUCCUCGACGCGCUCGCGCUCGACGCCGUCUGGAUCCACCUCCUCCUCGUCGUCGGCAUCGGCGGGUACAUGGGCUGGUGGCUCGUCGGGCAGGUGUGGCGCGGCGAGGGGUUCGCAGAGGGGUGGGGCGCGUGGAGCGGGUCGGGGCCGGUCGCGAGCUUUGAGGAGCUGUAGACGGGACACGGGCGCCGAGCGAUGCAGCUGUAGAGCCUCUCACUCGCUC